AUGUAUCGAGAUAGCUGUGCGCUGCGACAGCCCCGUCGCCGCCCAUUUACUGCUGAGGCCAUCGUUUCGCUGCAUAACAGCGCUUGGCAGGCACAGGGACCAUCAGCAACUACUGGUACAAGCGUAGGGCCUUGUGCCCCUCAUCGUCAACGCCCCCGUCGCUUAUCCCUGAUACCCGCAGUGUCCGACUCGGGUUAUGCUUGCCAGUCACUAACGUACAAUGUUGAGGUGGAUGAAUUGUUGUCUACCAGUACAAACUAG